AUGACUGACGACAACGUCAUCACGAUCAUCGACCUCGACGACGAUGUUGAUGGCGAGGCGCUAGAUAUGUGCCUCGAAAGCACAAAACAAGACGUCGCUAAUCUUCAAGAGUCCUAUCGGAAGUGCAAUAACAGGGUGAAGCAGGAGAUCGGCAGACUGCGCGAGUCUCGUGAUAAAUAUCGGCGCGAGUACGUCCAUGAGCUCGCUCAGCGCCAGAAAGACAAGGAUUCUUGGCUGCAAAAGUCUGCAGGCCAGAGCAGUGUUAUCAAAGACCUGAAACGAGAAAAGGCUGUACUCAGUGCGAGCAACAAGCAGCUACGCCUGGAGCUGAAAGCGAUCAAGCAGCGCUUGGACCGUAUGGGCCACCUUAUCUGUGACAUAUGCAUGGAAAAGGAGAAGUGUACAGUCACCAAGUGUGGUCACGGCUUCUGCUCGGACUGCCUCAAUGAGGUUAUUCAUUACGCUGCAGAUGAAGUAACCUGUCCGACUUGUCGGAAAGAACUGGACCAGGAGAAAGAUCUUUGGCCCAUAUAUUUGACAGAGGAAUAA